AUGGCUGUUGGUAAAAACAAGAGAUUGUCCAAGGGUAAGAAGGGUUUGAAGAAGAAGGUCGUCGACCCAUUCACCAGAAAGGAAUGGUACGAUAUUAAGGCUCCAACCACCUUUGAAAACAGAAACGUUGGUAAGACUUUGGUUAACAAGUCUACUGGUUUGAAGAACGCUGCUGAUUUCUUGAAGGGUCGUGUCGUUGAAGUUUGUUUGGCUGACUUGCAAGGUUCUGAAGACCACUCUUUCAAGAAGGUUAAGUUGAGAGUCGAUGAAGUUCAAGGUAAGAACUUGUUGACCAACUUCCACGGUUUGGACUUUACCACCGAUAAGUUGAGAUCUAUGGUUAGAAAGUGGCAAACAUUGAUCGAAGCUAACGUUACCGUUAAGACUGCUGACGACUACGUUUUGAGAGUUUUCGCUAUUGCUUUCACCAGAAAACAAUCUAACCAAAUCAAGAAGACCUCUUACGCUCAAUCUUCUCAUAUCAGAGCCAUUAGAAAGGUUAUUUCUGAGAUCUUGACCAGAGAAGUGCAAAACGCUACUUUGGCUCAAUUGACUUCUAAGUUGAUCCCAGAAGUCAUCAACAAGGAAAUUGAAAACGCUACUAAGGACAUCUUCCCAUUGCAAAACGUCCACAUUAGAAAGGUGAAGUUGUUGAAGCAGCCAAAGUUCGACUUGGGUGCUUUGAUGUCUUUGCACGGCGAAGCUUCCGGUGAAGAGAAGGGUAAGAAGGUUGCUGGCUUCAAGGACGAAAUCUUGGAAACCGUGUAA